GUCAUGGCUAGGACAUGGUUGCUGCUUUUCCUGGCCCUCAGGGGUCAGACCCUGCCCACAGGCAUAGCUGGCAUCCCCUUUCCUUCCCUGGCUCCACCCAUCACUCUGCUGGUGGAUGGGAGGCAGCAGAUGCUGGUGGUCUGCUUGGUCCUCGAUGCGGCACCUCCUGGCCUUGACAGCCUCGUCUGGUUCUCAGCUGGCAACGGCACUGCACUAGACACCUUCUCCUAUGGGCCCUCCCCAGCACCGGAUGGCACCUGGACCAGCCUAGCCCAGCUCUCCCUGCCCUCUGAAGAGCUGGAAGCCUGGGAGCCCUUGGUCUGCCAUGCCAGGCCUGGGGCGGGGGGCCAGAGCCGGAGCACGCUCCCCCUCCAGCUGUCAGCGGAAGCAUCCACAGGCAGGACCUGCGUUCAGCAGCCCCUCAGGGGGACACCCGGUCAGGUACUGCGGCUGAGUGCUCUGCGACUGCUUCUCUUCAAGCUGCUUCUGUUGGACGUGCUUCUGACCUGCCGCCGCCUCUGUGUGCUGGCGGACCAGCUCCCACUGCCACCACGCCCACGCAAGUCCCUGCCUCCCACCCACCGAAUCUGGACGUAG